AUGGCUAAAGACACCGACUCCCCCGCGUCCUAUUAUGGUGAACCACGGAAGUUUGACCCUAACUUCAGAGGGCCAAUCCGCAACAGGAGCUGCACUGACGUGGCCUGUUGUUUUAUAUUCAUCAUUGUCAUCAUUGGAUACAUCGCUUUGGGGACUGUGGCCUGGAGCCUUGGUGACCCCAGAAAGGUGGUUUAUCCCACAGACAGCAGGGGCCAGUUCUGUGGCCAGAAGGGGUCCCCAAAUGCAAACAAAACCAUUUUAUUCUACUUCAACAUUUUGAAAUGUGCCAAUCCUGCUGUUCUAAUUAACCUUCAGUGCCCCACUAUUCAGCUCUGUGUCUCCAAGUGCCCUGACAGAUUUGCCCGAUUCCUAGACUCGCAGUCAGGUGCAAACUGGGAAUAUUACAAGCAGUUCUGCAAGCCAGACUUUGUCCUGGGCAGUAAGCCCUCGUCACAAGUACUACGAGAUGAGGACUGUCCAUCCAUGAUUGUGCCAAGCAUACCUUUUAUUCAGCGGUGCUUCCCAGAGUUCAACUCUAAAAAUGGAAUUGUGACAGUAGCUAAUCAGACUGUCUUCAGGGAUGGGCGCAAUAUUCAAAGAAAUAUCAGUGACCUCCAAGAUGCUGCAAUGGGUAUCAACCACAUUCUGAAUGCCAAACAGGUUGUCACCAAGAUCAUUGAGGAUUAUGCAAAUACGUGGCACAUGAUUCUGAUUGGUCUGGCGAUCACCAUGGUGCUAAGUCUGCUCUUCAUUCUGCUUCUGCGCUACAUUGCCGGAGUGCUCCUAUGGGUCAUUAUCUUUGCUGUUGUUGGAAGUAUUGGCUACGGAAUCUGGCAUUGUUACUGGGAGUACAGCACACUGACCACCAAGCAAGGCUCUGAUCUGACCCUCUCAGAACUUGGCUUCCAGCAAGACUUUUCCGUUUAUCUUGACCUUAGUGAAACAUGGCUCAUUUUCUUGUGCUUACUUGCUGUAAUUGAGGGCAUCGUUGUGAUUGUGUUGAUAUUCCUGAGAAAAAGGAUAUGUAUGGCAAUAGCCUUACUAAAAGAGGGGAGCAGGGCCAUUGGACACAUCAUGUCCACCCUCUUCUACCCUCUAGUCACCAUUGUACUCAUAACCAUAUGCAUUGCCUACUGGGCAGUCACAGCAGUCUUCUUAGCAUCUUCAGGUGAGGCCAUCUACAAGGUCUCCUCACCUGAUGGCACGUGCAUGUAUGACAACAACACAUGCAAUCCAACGAAAUUCUCAGAGAGCAACAUCUCCAAAGCUUGCCCAGGAUCACAGUGCAACUUUGCCUUUUAUGGAGGAGAGAGCUUCUAUCACAAGUACAUCCUGGUGUUUCAGUUCAGUAAUUUGUUUGCUUUCCUCUGGAUGGUCAACUUCACCAUCGCACUGGGGCAGUGCACACUUGCAGGCGCCUUUGCAUCAUACUAUUGGGCUCUGAAGAAGCCAGAUGACAUCCCUCGAUGCCCACUGCUGUCCUCAUUCAGCCGGGCCAUACGUUUUCACACAGGUUCUCUAGCGUUUGGUUCUCUGAUCCUCGCCUCAGUGCAGUUUAUAAGAAUUGUUCUGGAGUAUUUAGAUCACAAGCUAAAAGGUGCACAGAACAAAUUUGCAAAGUUCUUGCUUACGUGUCUAAAGUGCUGUUUUUGGUGCUUGGAGCGUUUCAUCAAGUUUUUAAAUCGAAAUGCUUACAUCAUGAUAGCAAUAUAUGGAAAGAACUUUUGCACAUCGGCCAAAGAGGCGUUCUUCCUUCUGAUGAGAAAUAUCGUUAGGGUGGCAGUCUUGGAUAAGGUUACAGACUUCUUGCUCUUUCUGGGCAAACUGCUUAUUUCAGGAGGGGUUGGUGCUUUUGCUUUUUUCACCUUCUCACAUAAAAUACCAUUCCUCGCGCAGUACGUGCCAGUACUAAACUACAUCUGGGUCCCUCUUGUGACAAUAGUAAUUGGAUCCUACAUUGUUGCACAAGGAUUUUUCAAUGUUUACUCCAUGUGUGUGGACACAUUAUUCCUCUGCUUUUGUGAAGACCUGGAGAGGAACGACGGCUCUUUGUCUCGGCCCUAUUUCAUUUCUCCGAAUCUGCACAAGAUACUGCGAAAAGUGGAGGCGGUGUACGAUCAGGAGACGAACGAUGGUACACCUGAACGACCCUACUACAUGAACAGAACUCUGCGCCGCAUCUUCAACAAGAAGAACCAGGUUCCAGAGAAGAGGCCUCGGACUGGAGACUGA